UGCGCAUGUCUCCACUCUCUGCUACCCAUGGUGUGCAGGCCUUUGGCCACACAGUUUAUUCCUAUUCUAAGACAUCCGUACACAUUAAUUCGAGCAUUGACAGUGCAGACCGAGGUGCGUAUUAUUCUCCGGGAUUCAGGCCGUAUGUUGACCCGCGGUUUUGCUGGUUUUUCGGGACUGCUCCGGCUGUGGCGUGUCGGUGGUGCUCGUGCCGUAAUGGAUGCGGCUACACGGUAGGGGGAGAUGCGGGCGUGCAUGACACACUUUGCGUUCAGCGCCUAGUCUCAGUAUCAGGCGACGUCGCUCGGGUUCUUUCUUCCUCCCAGAGCGCAGAUACCAUCUGCUGGAGCGAUGUGACGCGCGCACCGCGGCGUUCCCCUUCGCGACCCCUCGAGGAAUAAUGACGAGCACCGCGCAAGAUAUGUCGCCCGACUUUGUCUUGAUGCGCCUGGUCGCCGCGGCGGAGGACGACCGCGCCGUGGGCGAGGAGAGCGGCACGAUUUUGGGUCCGGGGGGCCCGUCGGGCGGGCUGGGAGUCAAAGCGGGCCUCGCGCAUCCCGGCAGCCUCCCAUCGCUGUGCAGCGCGUCGCUCCAGGGCGCGGGUCCGGCGGCACCUUCCGCGUGCAGGACCUCGCUCUCCGUCCCGUCUCUCCCGCAGAGCUCCGUGGAGGCCCAGGGAGGGGAGUUCACACCCUCCCGGGGCGGGCUGCGUCCCCGGCUGCUGCUCUUCCCCGACAUCAUGAUGAGGGGCACCGAGCGGGGACUGGACGCCAAGACGCGCUGCUUCUCCCGCUCUGAUCCCGCGUUCAACGUCCACAACAUCAAUAACAACGGCUCGAUGAGCCCCGGCCGGGAAUGGGGGGUCCACCCGCGCCGGUCGCUCUCCACCGCGGCUUCAGACCCGGCGGAGAUGUGGCCGCUGCUGUCGGAGAAGUCUCGCCGCCUGGCCCUGAUCAACGCGCAGUGGGACUGUCCGCCCGGCUCGACGCAGGGCUCCGUGUUUAAGGACCUGGCGAGGCGCCUGGGUUCGCUGGGGGGCGGCACCACCGUGCCAGCAUGCUCGUGUCAGGGGGGAGGGUCGCACGGGACGUCCGGCUCGCCGGUGGAGGGGUUGGACCCCGAGGACGACCCGACGGAGACCAGUGACGCGCUGCUGGUGCUCGAGGGGCUCGGGGCGGGGGAGGGGCUUGAGGGGGAGGAGGUGGGGGAGGAGGACCAGGAGGACACCUGUGACUUCCUUCUCCAUAGAAAGCGGGAGAUGGUGGAGAAGAUGUCAGGGUCCUUCUCCCUCGGGAGCCUCCAGGCGGAGCUCACGAGGCGGGAGGAGUCAGACCCCAGCCGCCCUUCUACUCCGAGCGUGGGUCCACCCCCGUCCGCUCCCGCUACGCCCUCUCCACGCUGCCCCGCCCGGACGCCCGGCUCCAGCGCCAGCCUGACCUCCACGCCAAGGCGCACCCCCACCUCCAGGGGUGGAGGGCUGGCCGACACUACACUCAAGGUCCCCGGCAGGUGGAGGAGCGGCUCGCUGAAGGGCCGCCUCAGCAGAAUGUUCCGGACCAAGAGCUGCGGCGGCGCUGGCAGCGGUCACCUGCUGGACCCUGGGCCGGGGGGGGGCGGGUCCACAGGAAGUUUGAUGGGCGGGUCCACAGGAAGUCUGGUGGACAUGGUGGGCAGGGCGGGGGUGGGACCGGACACGGACAGGUCAGGCAGGUGCCGACUGACCCGGACACAUAGUGCCUUCUCUCCAGCAUCCCUUUCCACCUUUGCUGGUGAGACUGCGUCCCUUGGGGACAUUUCUCGUCGGGGGGUCAACAUGCCCCGACCCCCCACGCCGCCACCCCCACCACGACGGAGUCUCAGUCUCCUAGACGACAUUGUUGGGCCACAGCCUGGGUCUUUCCUGGACAGCGCCAUGGGGGCGUCCCUGCAGUCCCUCCCCCUGCCUCUCCCACCUCCUCCCCCCUCCCAUGCCUCUCUCCAGCACAGUGUCAGCCUCAACGAUACCUUCCUGCGUGCGCUGCCUCAUUCCAGCCAAUCACAGGCCAAUGCCCCAUCCUCCCACCGGAUGGCCCCGCCCUCGAGGCGAAUGGCUCCGCCCACAAUGCUCUGCCCAUUGCGGGCGGAAGCUAGCAACUUCACCGCUAGCUUGAGAGAGUUAGAGAAGUGUGGCUGGUACUGGGGUCCUAUGAACUGGGAGGAUGCUGAGAUGAAGCUGAAGGGCCGUCUGGACGGGUCCUUCCUGGUGAGAGACAGCUCGGACCCCCGCUACAUCCUCAGCCUCAGCUUCCGGUCUCAGGGCGUCACGCAUCACACACGCAUGGAGCACUACCGUGGAACGUUCAGCCUCUGGUGCCACCCUAAACUGGAGGACCGCUGCCACUCGGUGGUGGAGUUCAUUGAACGCGCCAUCAUGCACUCCAAGAACGGGAAGUUCCUCUACUUCCUGCGCUCCCGGGUGCCAGGGCUGCCCCCCACCCCAGUCCAGCUCCUGUACCCGGUCUCUCGGUUCAGCAACGUCAAGUCCCUCCAGCACCUGUGCCGCUUCCGUCUCCGACAGAUGGUCCGGAUAGACCACAUCCAGGACCUCCCCCUCCCCAAACCUCUGAUCUCCUACCUGAGGAAGUUCUACUACUACGACCCCGAGGAGGAGACCUACCUGUCAUUUAAGAGCAUUGUCAUGAGGGCGGGGCCAAAGCAAGAGGAGGCGGAGUCUCAGACGUAGCGGCAGUGGUCCCCUCAGUUACAGCAACUGGAGGAAUGAGGCUGUGACGCCAUUGGUCAGCUGGUCUUCCAGAGCCCUCGAAUCAGAGAGCUCAGAUCUCUCUUCACGGGACGGGGUGGUCUCUAAACUACGGCGAAGGAUCAGGACCACCAGAUCGCAUUGGAAACCAGCGCAUGUGAUCGCGCAAGUGGGCCGGGGCGUGUACUGCAGCCUCGCGGCCCGCAGACCACAACAGACCAGCUCUCUAGAAAGAGCAGAAAACACAACAAACUAACAGCCUGACCUUCGACCUCUGGCUCCGUUUGUGGUUAUUUCCUCUGGAUAAGGACCUGGACUUGUGGAACACGCUGCGUUCCUGCUGUUUCUGCGCCUCUUGUUUGGGCUCCGUCACCAGAACUCUCCUUACACUUCUCUUCUUAACAUGGGUUUUUAAAUAUCAUGAGUCAAGACUGACCGCAUCAAUUUCAUAUGCAGAACGUGAAUACAGAACCAGUCAAAGGCACCACGUUGUGAUUCUGUGUGAUAAAUUGAGCCGUUAGUAUUACACUGCCAUUACAGGUGGAGAACGUGAGGGGACCCAAUCCAACCAAUCAGGUCCUGUAGUAGCUGCCUUCUGCUGUAGGUCAUCGGGAAUAGCUUCAUUUGGUCUCUUUUUGGGUCCCGUUUCUUGGGCCUAAGGCUAAAAGGUUCUGUAAGUUCUUGUUGUAAAGAGAGAGAGCAGAAAGAGUGAGGAGAGCAAGAUUUUGAAAAGAAACAAUCCAAAAAACGUAAAUUCCCUCUCUGCUCCCCCCCUCCCUACCCAUCUCCUCUGUUGAAAAGUGUUUGCAAUUUGCGUCAUGUUCCUGUGAUGACAUGCAAGAUUUAUUCCCCUGAACCAAUCAGGGAUGAGAUGUCCUACUGGGUAAGAAAGUAGCCGGGAACGGUCUUAAAUCAAAAUAGUAUCAUGCAGAUAUUGAAAAACUGAUAUUGUCACAGAGCAUUUUACUCACCAGAGAUUCAGAAAGAUGUCCAUAUUUUGUCUUAUUACUACAACAAGAAAAAAACCACAAGCAAACAUUAGCUCCUUUUUACUGCCUGUUUAUCUCUGCUAUCAAUCUCAGACUCUCUUUUAUUUAUCUGCCUGUUCUCCAAAAGCUGACUGCCAGCUACGCCUUUUCAGUAAAAAAAACUAA